GGGGGCAGGCGGGCCGGGGAGGAGGGUCUUAAGGGGCGGCGAGCCCGGGUCGGACUUCCUCCGAGGCUGGCGGAUCAGCGACGCUCCCACCUACUCCUCCAGCUCGCCGCCGCCGCCGCCGCCCUGCUCUGCGUCCUCCGGAGCCCCGGACCCGACCACGAUGUGGAAACGCUGGCUUGUGCUCGCGCUGGUGACGGUCUCCUUGGUCCACGCCGAGGAAGAACCACGAAGCAAAUCCAAGAUCUGUGCCAAUGUGUUUUGUGGAGCUGGCCGGGAAUGUGCAGUCACAGAGAAGGGAGAGCCCACUUGCCUCUGCAUUGAGCAAUGCAAACCUCACAAGAGGCCUGUGUGUGGCAGUAAUGGCAAAACCUACCUCAACCACUGUGAACUGCACCGAGAUGCCUGCCUCACUGGAUCCAAGAUCCAGGUCGAUUAUGAUGGACACUGCAAAGAGAAGAAAUCUGUGAGUCCAUCUGCCAGCCCAGUUGUUUGCUAUCAGGCCAACCGUGAUGAGCUCCGACGCCGCAUCAUCCAAUGGCUGGAAGCUGAGAUCAUUCCAGAUGGCUGGUUCUCUAAAGGCAGCAACUACAGUGAGAUCCUAGACAAGUACUUUAAGAACUUUGACAAUGGCGAUUCUCACCUGGACUCCAGUGAGUUCCUGAAAUUUGUGGAGCAGAAUGAAACUGCCGUCAACAUCACCACCUAUGCUGACCAGCAGAACAACAAGCUGCUCAGAGGUCUCUGUGUCGAUGCUCUCAUUGAAUUGUCUGAUGAGAACGCAGACUGGAAACUCAGCUUCCAAGAGUUCCUCAAGUGCCUCAACCCGUCUUUCAACCCUCCUGAGAAGAAGUGUGCCCUGGAGGAUGAAACGUAUGCAGAUGGAGCUGAGACCGAGGUGGACUGUAACCGCUGUGUCUGUGCCUGUGGAAACUGGGUCUGCACAGCCAUGACCUGUGACGGAAAGAAUCAGAAGGGGGCCCAGACCCACCCAGAGGAAGAGAUGACCAGAUAUGUCCAGGAGCUCCAAAAGCACCAGGAAACAGCUGAAAAAAACAAGAAAGUGAGCACCAAAGAGAUCUAAGAAGAGGCACACAGCACUGUGUGGAGCAGCACUGAGUCCGGUAUACACAAGUGUCUGCUACAGUCACCAAGUCACCAAUAUUUGCUCGUUUAGCAGUGAAUCUUAUUUUGUUUUUGCAGUACAGGAAAUGGGGGUGGCUGGCUAGUGAGGGAAAGGCCACAGCCUUCAUUUCUAGGAGUGCUUUAAGAGAAAAUAAAUGCCCUGGAGCUGGAGGCAAGUAAGGAAACUGCAUCGGGCUGGCAGAGGAACAGACCCAUGUCUGAACAAAGCCUUUCCGAGGUCAUGGCAGCUGCGAGGAGGCCGCAGGGAGAGCAUGUGAUGCCAGGGAAGACUGAGCAGUUGUGCUGCAGGAGGGGUGGGGAAGCUCAGUGGAGAGGAACCCCGCUGCUUUAGCCUCACUGUCACCACUGUAGCAUGGCAGACCUGCAGCAUCUCCUCAUGGUCCCAGCUGUUACCUCUCAAUACACAGCCGUCCCACUAUUUACCAGUGUCCCUCAGACUCAGAUGGGGUUUCUGGGAGGACACACUUAAAUGAUGCAGAUACUUAAUGUACUUCAAGCUCUGUGGAGAUCUAACCAAAACUUUAAAAUAUGUUUUUACCAAAGGUGCUAUUUCUCUGUAAAAGACUUUUUUUUUUUUCUUUUUUUUUGGCAAGUUGACUUCAUUCUUCAAUCAUUAUCAUUUUUAGUAUUUCAUUUUCUUGACUAGAUAUUAAGCUUUUGUAAUUAUUUCUCAGUAGUCCUACCAUUUCAGAAGUAAAAAGAGUUUGGGGAUUCUUCCUGGUACAUGGAACUCUGUAACCCAGAUGGCCUCUUACCUUGCUAUAUACUAGACUAGAUGUAGUGUAGAGCUGCACUGCCCCACUCCUGCCUUUCCAGAUCAGUUGUGUGCCGACAGGGGCAGCAAGUACCUCACACAGAAACCAGGGACAAAGCACCACAGAAAGCUGUUGAGCCAAAAAGUUAAUUUGUUUUGUUUCUUUUGAAAGUUCAGGCAAAUUUCAAAGGAUGGAGGCUUAGGUUUUCCCAGCCUACCAAACAUUCUGUGAUCUGCAGCUGACAGGGUGACCUUGGCUGUAUCUCUUCCUGUUUCUGGGUGUUGGUUUCCUCAGUGAACUGAUAAGAAUGCACCCUUAGAUUUAAUAAAUAAUAAAAGUUUGUGGUUUAGGUAAAUGAUCGAGAAGGAGAUAGGUUCUUGUGAUUUUCCUUCUUAGAACAGAUGAAACCAUCCCGUUAGAACAAGAACGAGUCAGACAGCCAGUACCAAGAUGACCAAGCUUUCCCUUGGUCUGAUGAUUCUUGCAGGUGACUAGGAUAUGAACUCUUCAUGGUAAAUCUGCCCAGAAAGAGAGAGUAAAAGAGAACUAUCCACUUUCCCAUCAGCUGUGCAUAUAAGUACAAUCUCUUGUUGGAGUCAGAGCUUUCCCUUUGGAGAGGAGGAUAAAAGGUUUCAGAUUCGAGGGGGGUUAAAAAUGGAUAUUGAAUCUUAAGGCUCAGCACUGAGGGGAAAAUCAUUUAUAUGUAAAUCAGUUCUAUUUCUUUGGGUUUGUGAUUAUUAAACUCCCUUAGCACCAUGCUUCACAUGCAUUUAACAUAACAAAAAAUCAAAAUUUUAUCUCAUUUUCAAAAAUCAGACUGUAGACCCUCUGAAGAAAUUAUUUAGAUUUUAGUGCAUAGGCAAGUGUUAGAAAGUUGUAAUGGAGAUGCAGUUCCUUGUAAAUGGCUUUCCUUGUUAUUUGAAAGGAGAAAACUCCCUUUGCUGAGUAUUCUGAGCUUUUAUGUAUCAUCCCAUUCAAAAACUCUUUGAACCCCACUUGUUCAGUCUGCAAUUCAACUCCCUCUCCAAGUGCCUUGGAGGACUCAGAACAGCAUGCCUUAAUCAAAGGAAGUUUUUCCAGUUCUUGGACAUGAUGGGAGAGGGCGGAAAUACCAGUUUGUUUAAAGCAAGAAGACUGAGUGUCUACUCAGUCAUGUUUAGAACAGUGGUUACCAUCAAGACCGUCUCACCCUGCAACACCGAAUGCCCAAGAGCAAGCCCACAGUCCUCUUAAAUUCUGUUGCUUUUGUGCAAGUAAGGCACCUGUUGUCUGCUCUACCAUAGAUCCGUGUAAUCCGAGGACCAUUCAUGAAAAGCUGCUAAACAGAACUUUGCACAGGACAAACAAGCAGAAUCGCGUUGGGUUCAAGUCCCACUCUAGGGCGUAGACUGCAGGCUUCAUGGGCUUUCUCUGCCUGUAGUCUUUAUAAACAUCAUAUUGUCUCUUAAGAUCCAGGGUCCAUGGAGAUCUUCCCGUAUACCAGGACUCUGGGUUUUGUCAGUUUGGGGAAAGCAGGGUCUUCCUCUGCUAUCAAGUCCAUGUGAAUAGUCCAAAUGUCUUCCCUUUAUGCAUAUAGUUAAAAUAGUCAAACUUCAGGAAACAAUUUCAACAAAUUUCUGUUGACUGUGUGGUUGUGAAAAUGUAUUUGUAUUUAGUAUGCUUCCACAUUUCAUUUAACUUGUUUUUGUAAUUCCUGAUUUUUUGUUACUAUUAAUAAAUAAAAAUAAAAUAAAAGUUUCA